AUGUUUGUUCUCAUCUGGUCGACUCUGUUUUUCUCUGUGAGAAGCAGCAAUGCUGAUACAGGUGCAUCAGUGGGAGGAAGACAACAAUGUUUACGCUUCCCAUAUGGAUACUGUAUCACUCUGCCUGAAGGAGAAAUAACAGCUGAGGCCGGACUCUGUGUUGUGAUACCGUGCUCUUUCACUACUAGUUAUAGCUUUACACCCCAAAAGCUAGUUUGGUACAAAUGUGAACCAACUGAAGAAAAAUGUAGUGAUUCAGACGUUAUAUUCCACACUAACAAAAACAACAUAAAAAUUCAGUCUGAGUUUAGAGGGCGAGUGUCACAGUUGGAGCCUGAUGUGAGUCAGAGGAACUGCAGCAUCAUCAUCAAUGACCUGAAGGAGUCAGACUCUGGAUCAUAUCAAUUCAGAGUUAAUGGUAUUCUGAAUGGAAGAUCAGAUGGGUUGACAUACCCUCCAAGGGCAACUGUCUCUAUUAAAGCUCUGACUCAGAAGCCCGAGGUGACGAUUCCUCCUCUGACAGAGGGACAGCAGACCACACUGACCUGCACUGCUCCUGGUCUCUGCUCUGGAUCUGAUCCUCAAAUCACCUGGACGUGGAGAGGAGCAGGAGAGAAAGGCUCCCACAUCACAGGAAACAUCACUGAUUUCAAGACUGAGAGUCUGUCCGCUGUCACACAGAAACACAGUUCAAAUUUGACCUUUAACCCUUCAGCUGAACACCACGGCACCAGUGUCACCUGUAAGGUCAGCUUCACAGGAAACGCUGCAACAGAGGAGACAGUGACUCUGAAUGUGACCUAUGUGAAGGAAAUUAGAGUCACUGGGGAUACAAGUGUGAAGGAGGGUGAGACUGUGAAUCUGACCUGCAGUGUUGACAGUUUCCCUCCAUUACUCAUCGUGUGGACUAAACUGUCCGACCUAAACAUUCAAAAUGGAACAGAAACUAAUCUGCACAACGACACAUUAACUGACCUGCAGAACGACACUGAAACUUACCUGCAGCAAGGAAGUGGAGUGGCCACUCUCUCCAUCUCUAAUGUGACAGAAGAUGAAUCUGGGCUGUACAUCUGCACAGCAAAACAUCUGAAUAACAGCUGGAAGAAAAAUGUGAAUGUAACAGUGAUAUAUAUGAGAGAACCUGGGAUCACUGGGGAUACAACUGUUAAGAAGGGAAGUGCUCUGAAUCUGACCUGCAGCCUUGAAAGUUUCCCUCCAUCUCUUAUUACAUGGACUAAACUUGGCCUCAAUACAAACCUGCACAAUGGAACUAACCUGCAGAGCAACACUGGAUCUGCCAGACUUCUCAUCCCUAAUGUGACCGCAGAAGAUUCUGGACAGUACGUCUGUACAGCAAAACACCUGGACACGAAUGUGACUAUUUAUGCUGAUGUGACAGUGACUUGGUUUUCAAAGAUCUCAAAAAACUCUAGAUGUGAGGUUCAGUCGGAGCUCCUGACCUGUGUGUGUAUCACUGAGGGGAUUCCCUUACCCACCAUCAAAUGGCCGCUGUUGAAGAACUACACUGAGUACUCAGUCAUUACCACUGUGACAAACCACACAGUCAACAGCACCGUCAUUCUCACUGUAAAAGAUCCCAGCAACACUGUUGUUGACUGUGUCAGCGGCAAUGAAAAUGGGGAAGCAAAGAUGAACCUCAACAUCCAAAAAAACUCUAUCACACAAGAACCAUCCAAUCCAUUAUUAAAAAGUAUUUCACGGUUGGAAACCAUCAUUGCCUUUUUGAUUGGUGUUCUUCUUUCAGCAAUCAUCUGCUGUUUCGCAAAAAAAUGCCACAGAAAAAAAGCGAACUCUGGAAAUCUGGAUGAGACUGUGGAGAUGGUGACCAGUCAAGAGGAUCCACUGAUACAUGAUGGUCAAGCAGUAGAAGAUGAUCAGACCCACGGCCGAAAGGGAGCUGAAGAUGCAGCUGUGGCAGCAGAGAAAACAGCCCCUGUACUGGACACUGGGCCAAAAGACGUGGAGUACGCCAGCAUUGACUUCUCACUGUUGAAAAGAAGGAGUCUCAGGCAGGCGGCAAAGAAACAAGAGACCGCAGAGACAGAGUAUGCUGAAAUCAAAAAAGAAGUAAAAGAGGAAAGAGAAGACGACGGUGGAGAAGAAGGUGAAAUGUUGGAGGGGAAAGAGGAGAGGGUCAUGAAGGAGGAGGAUGAGGAGACAAAAUGCUGUGUCCCAGGAGAGGAGGAAGGGGAGGACAUGGCGGUGUACUCCAAUGUAAAGGAUAUAAUGGGUGAGAUGUUCUGUGACAGUUCAGUGAGUGUUGAAUCAGUAACUGAUAAGGACAGCUAUAGUUCCUCUCCUACAGGAAAAAAAUGCUGCCAAAAUACUCAUCACUGUAUCCUCAUUCAAGAGACAGAAAUAACAUCAGAGGCUGGACUCUGUGUUGUGAUACCGUGCUCUUUCACUGUUGCUGCUGGUUUUGAUGUCAAAAGUGUAAUUUGGUACAAAUGUGAUCCAGCUGAUAAAAAAGAUUGUAAAUCUGACACACCGAUAUUUAACUCCAGUAACAACGGAAAUGCUCAGUCUGGGUUUAGAGGACAAGUGUCACAGUUGGAGCCUGACAUGAGUCAGAAAAACUGCAGCAUCAUCAUCAAUGACCUGAUGGAGUCAGACUCUGGAUCAUAUCGACUAAGAGUUACCGGUCCCCCGAAUCAGAAGACGGAUGACUGCACAUUCAAUUCUAAAGCAACUAUCAAAGUUACAGCUCUGACUCAGAAGCCCGAGGUGACGAUUCCUCCACUGACAAAGGGACAGCAGACCACACUGACCUGCACUGCUCCUGGUCUCUGCUCUGGAUCUGAUCCUCAAAUCACCUGGACGUGGAGAGGAGCAGGAGAGAACGGCUCCCACAUCACAGGAAACAUCACUGAUUUCAAGACUGAGAAUCUGACCGCUGUCACACAGAGACACAGUUCAACUUUGACCUUUAACGCUUCAACUGAACACCACGGCACCAGUGUCACCUGUAAGGUCAGCUUCACAGGAAACGCUACAACAGAGGAGACAGUGACUCUGACCUUUGUGGAGAAAUCUGCAGUCACUGGAAUGACACCUAAUACAACGGGCAAAGUCAUCACCACGGUGACAGGGCAUGAAAACAACCCCACCACCAUCCUUACUGUAAAAGGUCACAACAGCACUGUUGCUAAGUGUGUCAGCGGCAAUGAAAACAAGACAGCAAAGGAGAACUGCACAAAGCCAACAGCUGAUUCGAAACAAUCUGAUCUACUCACAAAAUUGCUGGGAAUUGUUAAACAGCCACAAGUCAUCAUUGCAUUUUUGAUUGGGAUACUUCUUUCGGCGACCAUCUGCUGUUUGAUUGGAAUAUGCAAAAGAAAAAAACAGAGGGGAUCUGGGAAUCUGGCUGAGAACCUGGAGAUGGUGACCACUCAAGCGGUUCCACUGAUCGAUGAUGGUCAAGCUGUGAACGAUGAUGAUUGGACCCAUGACCUAGAGGCAGCUGAAGGAGGAGCUAGUGCCAUGGAACCAAAAGAGGUGGAGUACUCCAACAUUGACUUCUCUGUGCUGAAACAGAGGAGUCCCUCAGAGGCCGAGACACAAGACCCUGGAGAGACAGAGUAUGCUGAAAUCAAGAAAGAACCACCAGUGGAGGGACAAGACAAUGCUGGCGAUGAAAGUGUAGUGUUGGAGGGCAACAAAGAGGAGGAAGCAAUGAUAGGGGUAAAUAAGGGGACGGAACAGUUUAUGCCAGCAAAGGAGGAGGGAAAUGAGGAUGUGGCGCUGUAUUCUAGUGUGAAUAAAACAAUGGUUGAGACGGGAUGAGUGUGUAGCUUGGUGGAGCCCCAUUAAACAGAGGAGAGUGUAUGAGAGCAACAUGGGGAGUUGAUGUAGUGCAGAAAUUCAUGUUCAGAUAUGAUGAGACGGAUAUAAGAUAUAUUUUUUUCAUAUGUAGAUUUACUUUUACUGAAAGGAAAGCAUGUAUGUAACAAUAUCAAGUGACACAUAUUUCAUGUACAAACAUAUUAAUCCAUACAAAGGCAUCUUAACAUGACAGAUCCCCCAUCAAGCCACUCUGUGUGUAAAUACUCAAAACAUGAGGCUGGUGGGAAAAAUAAAAAGCUAUUGAAUAAAAUGUCACUUUAAGGAUAUAUUUUUACACUUUGCUUUAGAAUUGUUUACAUGCAAACAAGCUUUGAUGUCUCUCACAGGAUUCAUGGAUCAGGGAGAAUCAACAGUUUUACGCGGCAGUUAAGCUUUUCAUUACUUUUACAAAAUAUCUAUUAUUAAGAAAUAAAUGCAGAUGAAUUUACUUUUAAAUAAGUCAGAGUGAGAGUUAAUGUGUGUCAAGAUAUCUAAGUAGCUUAUUGAACAGAAUUUCAUGUUCAAAUAUUGUGUGUUGUUGUUUUUUAUUAUCUUUUUGUACAUAAUUUGACUGAACUGUUCAUGUUCAUGUAAAAGUUGACCAUGUCCAGUGUACUUGACACUGAAACUUAAGUAACUCAUGUUGGUCAAAUCAGUGCAUUGCAUGCUCAAUGAUGUCAUCAGUAUAAGUGUGAAAAUGAGGCAAAUUGUAAAGUGCUAUGAAUUGCCAUACAUAUUGGAAGUAGGUGAAGUUGUGCCUGAAAUCCUUUUUCUGAUUGAAGUGCUUAAUAAAUUCAGUAAACUUAUUUGAAAGUUU